UGAUUCAUUAUCAUCUUCACUUCUCAUUCACUUGAUGUAAUGUCUAAUGUCUUUAGCCGUUGUUGUUGCUGUUGGUACAUGUAGCACGAAUCAAAUGGAUGUGAUAUUAGUUUAAAAUUAUUUUAAUUAUUUAUUGCCAAUGUAGAAACAAUGUAGUAAUAUGUUUCAACUUUUAACCAUCCAAAAAUAUUUUAAACUUUCAUCCACGAUAUUAAAGCUUUUUGCAAUCAUGUCUUUGAGGUUUUUUAGUACAGCAAAGAUGAUUUUAAUUGAAACAUUCAUGUUUAUCAAAAAAAAAAUUAAUUGAAAUAUUGAUGAUAUGUUUUUUUCUUCUCUUUAAAACGAUCUGAUUUUUCGUUGGACUUCUAAAAUGGGCUCUCUUGGUUAUUUAUUAUUAUGGAAAGAAGCCCGACUUUGCUCAUAAUUGGGCCAACAUGAAAGCCCACUAACUCCGCUAAAGAACAAAUAAACAAGCAGCAACGUGGCGCGUAAAACCAGCUCCACGACAUUUGUACGAGAAUGAAUAUUUGUCUGACUCGUUCCAGCCUGUAAACGGUAAUCAUCGUCCGUACAGGUUAAAGUGACGGAUUUAAAGUUAAAAAUAAUAAAAUGACGGAUUUGCCCAUCUGCUCCACAUCAUGACGAGGGCAAAACCGGAACUUUCACUUUAUUAAUUUAGACGACACCUCUUGACACGCUCACUCUCUGUCACUUCUUUCUUCAACAAAGGGAGGUUUUUUCAUUUCGUUUUGAAAAUGGCGGCGAUGAGAUACAAAGGAAGCCUUCUCAUCACACUCAUCAUCUUCUUCUCCAUCGUUCUUCUUCAAUGCCCACUUGCUUACUCCUCUUCUACAAAAUCGUUCUUUUGGUUAGGAGAAACUGAAGAUAUGAACGCCAUGAAAAAGGAGAAGGAGAUUGAUGUUGGAUCAGCUUAUGAUGUUGAAGAAAGACGAGUUCCCACUGGAUCCGACCCUCUCCAUCAUAACCAUGUUCCCUUUGCUUCUCCAUAGAUUACAUCUGCUGUUUCCCAUAGUUCACUUAUAAGUUUGUAACACGUUUUACAGUUUCCAGGUUCUGGGUUUUGUUUGUCCGAAAUGUUACUUUAUUUUCAGGGUUUUUGAAUUGAUUAGCUUUAUUAGUGUAUACAAUCUCAAUUGAAUAAACGCAUGAAACAGUUUUGUCAUCUUCUAAUAAAAUAUUGUGAAAAA